AUGGACGAGCUUGUGCAUCACUGCAUGCGUGAGCUUGCGUUUGACGGAGAUCUCGGAUGCGACGUAUUUCGUCUCCGAGACUUCGUCACCGACUUCUUCGCUCAUCAUGCCGCCACACGCACCCAGCGGGUCGACGACGCUUACAUGGCCUUCGUCUGGGUCCUGAUCAUGCAGCAGCCUGCCGUACGCGUCGGGACUGUCCCAUCUGGCGCGAGCGAGGUAUGGGUCGCCCCUCAGAAUGUACAGAAACAGAAAGCAAAGAAGGCCAAGGCUCAGAACGAGGACUUCGAAGACCCCUUUCAGGUCAGUUCGUUGGAGAUUAUAGAGGGUGGUAAGACGAAGCCGAUGAGCGAGUUGGUCGAACGGUAUGGAGCGAGUUUGAGGAUUGCGGUGGACCAUGAGACGUCUUUUGCUGCGAUUACGGGGUCGCAUAUUCGGCCUAGCAAAUUGAGCGACAUGGUCUACUCGGCCCUUCAGCUAAUCGCGCGCGGACGAGAGCACGGGAUGAGCGUCGUUGACUUGGGCAAGAAGACGGGCUACGACCAGAAGACGUGUUUCUAUCUCGUCAAGCAGCUCAUCGACCUCAAUCUCGUCGUCAAGCGCCGCCAGGGUGGCGUCGGCUCCAAUUUUUGCAUCCUGAAGUACUUCUUCGAACGAAGUCCGCUCUGGAAGCCUAUUCGCGAUGAGGAGGCAGCGGCUGCUCUGAGCGUGGAGCAGGCUGUGGCAGGUCCGUCAGGGGAGGGAGGUAUGGACGUGGAUGGCGGUGGUGGCGGUGGAGGUGGCGAGGAGAAUGCUGCACUCCCGGACGGGAUUGUGUUCACGCCGAUUGAUGCGCGCCAUCUCUCCAGCUUGCCUGUGAUCAAGGCGAGGGUAGUCAAGCUCUUGACAUACGCACCGAAUCAUAUCCACCCUUCGCAGAAUCUGCUCAAGACAAUCGGCUUCCUGAAUCCGACGAAGACAGACCGUCGUUUUUUCCAAAGUCGGGUUCGCGAACUCAUCGAACAGGGUAUCAUAGAACGUGUCGCUGUUUUGGACCAUAACCCGAAAUCGACCACGUCGAAGAUACCUUGCCUCCGGCUCAUCACGAACGAGGAGCAAAGUCAUAUACCGCAGGAACAGGAGCAUGAGGAGGCCGUUGUACAGGUUCCAGGCGUGGAGGAGGAUGUCGUGGAUAAUUCCUCUGGCGGAUUCAAGAUGACCGUCACUCUGCAUAAACAGAUAGUAGAUCUCAUCGAGGAAUCUGGUCUGCGAGGGAUGACCUUGAACGAUCUCUGUUCCAACCUAUGCAACUUCGAUAAACGCACCGUCGAGCUUCUCCUCUCCCGACUCGUCAAAUACCCACCUCCUUCCCACCUCGCCGACAUCGGAAUCGCACAGGUCCAAGAGACCUUCGGCCGUGAACGUCGUUUCAGGUAUCACACCGUCGCCUCCUUCCGUGCGAUCAUCGAGCGAGAGAAGUUGCAGGACCAGGACGUCUAUUCUUCCAUUGACUUCUCGAACGUGGGCGGUUUCGCUCCGUUCAGUGCCGACGUGUUCUGGGAGACGGAAGAGGAGAGAGAUGCGCAUGUGGAUGGUAUGAAGGGCACGACGGCACAAAAUGCGUCGAAGAAGGCGGCAGGAAAGAAGGCGAAGAAGAUUAGGGAUGCUGACGAGGCUGAAGGUUCUGCCCCGGUGAGCAAGCCUAAGCGGGGGAAGAAACGGAAAUUGGACGAAGAUGAAGGAGACGAGGCUAUUUCAGAACCACCUGCGAAGAAGAAGAGGGGACGUCCACCGAAGAAGAAGUCUGGUGAGGAAGGCGACGCUAGUGUGGCGCAUGAAGGUACUCCAGGUGCCACACAGGACGCCACGGUAGGGGAGCAGGCUACCACUCCGACCACUCCUGCCCAGACUCCUGCUCCCAAACGUCGUGGUCGGCCACCAAAGGCGAAGGCUGUUGAUUCCCCUGCGGCUGGGGAGGUCGCAACGGACGCCACACCCGUCUCGACGCCAGCAGCCACACCUAAAAGACGGGGUCGACCACCGAAGCGCAAGCAAUCGGAGAUAGAUCAAGCCUCUGCAAGUGAGGAUCCACCACCUGUGAAGAAACGAGGACGACCACGAAAGACCACGACACCAGCUCCUACAGCCGCGCCUGAAGAUAUGGAAACUAUAACAUCGAUCAACGAUACAACACGGACAGACUUAGAACCCUCUUCUUCUCUACAUGGUGUAGAUGGUGUUGAGACCUCCCCAGUGGAACGUCCGCGGUCUUCCAAUCAAACGACCCCAGAGCACGCAGAGGCGUCAGCCCUGACUUGCCCCGAUGACGCAGAGGAGGACCAUAACAUACCCGCAUCGGGUCACGCUGAUCCUUCGCCUUCAACACGUUCACCUGCGAUACAAUCUGCAGUGGAAGAAUCGUUUGACCAGACAACUCAAGCCACUGUUGACGACGCUGCAAAUGAUGGACGCUCUGGAGCAAUCCUUGAGCCACCAUCCAAUAUCGAACAAGACCCCACGCCUAUGGAUGUCGACACAAAUAUCCCUCCUCAAUACAGUGGCAAUCUUCCUCUAUCGCACACUUCCACUGCCGACGACCCAGAAACCUCCAGGCAACCGGCCCGCGUUAUGCAUGAUAUACCCAUCGACCCUGCUCUUCUUUCUGAACCCUCCGCUCCAACAUCGAUCGUUUCGCUUCUAGCAGGCUCUAUCUCUGAACCCAAGCCAAGAGGCCGUCCCAAGAGCAAUGUCUCCCUAUUACGGCGGGAGAACGAGAUUCUACGCGUUGUUGAGAACUACGGCGGCAUCGCGAACCUCAGCUCCAAAGAGUUUCUCCAUGCUCACAGCACCCUGCUGGAGACGAUGACCGCUGCCGGCGAGGCGACGAGUGGUCAGGCCGGUAUCCGAGUCGACAAGCGGACACUAGACCAAACUCUGACGGGCAUGGAGAACAAGGGGAAGCUCAAGAUCCUGAAGACGUCCGUUGUGGCUCCUACUGGUACCAGUCGCCUUGUUCGUGUCGCUUACUUGCCCACAAUCGACAUCGCCAAGGUGAACGAAUUUGUGGUUGAAUUAGGCCGAUCUGUGCCUGUUCUACAGCCCAUGGUUAUGAAGACGAUCGAACAGCCUGCCAAAGACCCUGUAACUUCCGCAUCACGACCACACAGGGUCUCGCGCUUGAGCACCUUAAUUACGGAUUUAGACUCUUCAGGCCAGCCCUCAGCUCCAGAGGAUCCGGACGCAAAGCUUCGUCUGGCAAUGCUCACCGACCCGAACGUGCUCGCUCAACUGUACGGAUAUAUACAUGGCAAGGCUUUGCGAGCUCGAGAAUUGCAUCUCUUCGCCAUACAUGCCUUCGCUAGUCGCAUAUCAUCUUCCCGCAUCGUAUCUCAUGACCACCGGAUACUGAGUUUGCCGUUCUUCAACCACGAUAUUCCUCUUUCUAUGCAUUGUUCGGUCGUAUCCACUCUCGACUACGACGCAGACGUCGAGGCUCUCUUCAAUACGGAGGAGGGCAAACGGACGCCCGUGAAGGACCUUUCGCCCGCCAUUCAUACAUCUCUUCAAGUUGGACGAUCAAGAGCACGCACACGUAUACUAAAUUUACUCGAGUUGCUAUACGGGUUGAAGAUAAUCACUCCCCUUCAGCCAUCGACGGCUGAGAAUCCUGCAUUCGUGUGUGGCCCAAACGACGACCAUCCUGUGGCGUUCGAUCCAGUGCCAGAUCCCUGGACUAUGACGAGUCUCGCCUCCGCACCGGUCUACUGGAGAUUCAACGACGUCGCUCCCAUUUCACUGUGCGUCCUUGUCGAGGAUAACCCCCCUCUAUGGAAAAACGUAGACAUCAAGGACGUUGACCAGUCGAAGGCCUUCUGGGGUGAUCUGGAGCGGGCUUCUUUGGACCGUGCUUUCGCCGAGAAGGUGAAGUUACCUGCCUCCGGGAGUACUGCAGGAUCAGCAGAGGCGAGACGCUCCAUACGUCGCAAGUCUGCAUGGGUCUCGUCUUACGAAAUGUCCCCGAAACAAACCGAGUAUCUCAAAGGCUUCACCGACCUCUCCACUGGAAAUACGCCGCUUCAGGCUGCGAAUAGCGACGGUAUCCUCCAAAGGCUGCAUCGAGUCACCACUGCUCCCCUUCCCGUUAUACGGGACUUCUUCACCAGGGACCAUGCGAGAGUGCUCAACGAGUUGGAGAAAGCACGUCGGCGAGCUGCGGAGGCAAAACGAUUGGAGGAACUCAACAAACAAGCGGCGGAUGACAGGAAUCGGCUCGCGGAGAAGGCUGCUCAUGCAAGGGCUCAGAAGGCCCAGGAUUGGGAGGAUAUGGUGAAGCGCAUUCAUCCUGAAGAGCUCAAGGGUACCACUGCGAUACGGGUAGGGCAUGUCCGUGCGAAGUUCCUGCAGUCUGGAGGGAAAAAUAUUGCGAAGUGGGAAGCUGAAAUCGUUCAAGCCAUCGCAGAAGCUCGUAGAGCGGCGGAGACCGUCCUUGCCUCUGCAUCAAGGACAGCUCUGCCAACACUGGCGCCACUUCCGGUACCAGCAACAGCCAGUGGUGCGACAGUGCAUGAACUUAUAGCGAAGCAGAAGAAGACGCAGGAACCCCUGAAGGCCCCUCCACCGAAGAAGAAGAAGGGAAAGAAAACCGCACAGACGGAGGAACCCCAGCCUAAAGCACCUCAACUCCGCAGACAUCGCUUCCAGUGGAACCGCGAAUAUGACGAACUCCUCCGGGAUGCUGUCAUUAUCAUCAAGGCUCGAUGUCAAAGUAAUCGUAUAGAAUGGUCUGCCAUAGAUCAGGUGUUCCCAUCGUCUCCCAGAAACUCACUUCGGCAACGUUGGAAUUAUCUUCGAGAACAGCCUACUGCAGAGGCUUACCUCAAGCGCUUGGAGGACUGGUGGCAUAAUUUAUGGAUACAGCAUCGAGGGUCUUCGCUUCUUCCCGAUCCCGAUCCAGAGAGUGCCACUAACUUCAACCUCGUUCAACACGUCGAAUUCCUGCGUAAGCACGUGGACAAGAACGCUCUACGAGUCGGGUUUGUGCAACCAAACGCGACUGUUCAAAAGGUCGAGCUACCAGCGGACCUCACCGCUCUCAACACUCGAUGGGAGAUCGAUGACAAGAGCGCCAACGUGCCUACCUGGGAUUUCAUGUGGAAUAUGGUCGUCGAAGAAGGCCGCGAGAAGACCUUCCUCCAGAACGCCUUCGUCUGUGGAUUGGAGCACCUUCCAGCGACGCCUGAAGCUCCGAACGACACCAUUCAUGUCGCCGAAUCUGCGUUGAAGAUGGUAUUUGGUACGCCGCAUGAAGGCUACGAUUCGACAAGAGCGUCGGCCCUCUUGCACGAGGUCGGAGAGCAGCCGAUAUCCAUUGCGAAAACUAAUCUUCUCAGUCGGGGCAUCCUUUCAAAACUCGUCAAAGAUCCCAGUCGGCCCAGGCCAGGAAGGGCGUUCAAGAUCUCGGAAAUAAACCAAAACGCGAUCGGAGGUUCCAUCAGUCAAGACACCUUUCAAGACGGAGCUGCUCUUGAGGCGGUCUUUGAAGAGAAUGAGGAUGACUGGAGGGAAUGGCCCUUACUUUCCAGCGACGGUGACCUCGCUGCUUUAGUUCAAGCUACGUCAGAGAAUCAGGUCGACUUCAAGAUCGAUACUUCGCAGCCUCAGUUUCAUCGGCAAACGCUUGAAUGGAAUAGUAAGAAGGCUGACGACGACCAAAUUGAGACGGCACUGUUUGUUCGGGCCCGUGACACAUUCUGCGCAUCGCAGCAAGUAUCUGCCUCCCCUCCUCCGGCAGCGGAGCAUCCUCCAAUGGCGAUCGCCACGACUGGCGAGCACGGGAAGACGGCGGAAGGAAACACUGCUUGUUGCAAGUUAUCUUCGGACGGUAUCGUGGACUGCGAUCAGUGUAUGCGAGCCGAGCUACACAGUGUCACUUCGAGCUUGACAGACCAUGAGAAAGAUAUCGCAUCAAGUAUCAUGGAGGUCCUGCAUGAUGCGGGAGCAGCUGGGGUACCCAAGAGACAAUUCCUAGUGUCUUUGACAAAUUUCUCGGAGGACAAUGUCAAAACGACGAUUGAGAAAUUAGUCAACGCAUCGAUGCCUCUGCUGUUCAGCACUGGCUACUCGUCCUCGGUGGUGGUCUCCUCGGCGUACGCUCACCAAUGGACCGUCACCGUAUCAGAAGAUCCACCCACCAAAUUGUUUCCUCGACGGUGGCUCGAUAUAUCUGGCAUGAAAGUACCUGAGGUCUGGGAUGCUGCUCUUCGUGCUGUCAUGGGUCAGAUCGUCUUCCGCCCAGGAAUCUCGCAGACUGAACUUCGCUGGAGGUUGCGCUCGGUAUACGAUAGGCAGGAGAUCAUAGAGCUGCUACGAAACGUUCAGGAAGCGGGCUUCGUCGAACGUAGGCUCGGGCCAGGCCAGAGACUCGCGUACGACGGACUGCUCCAGCCGGACGAAGAGGAGGAGAAGAAUAUGUUCUGGUUCUUGGGGAAGAGGCACUGGUAUCAGGUCUGA